AUUCACCUCCUCUGGUUUUAGGUCAAUCAAUUCAAGAUGGGCGGACGAAAUGAUCCUUGCAAAUUCUGCGGGAAGGUUUAUUUUGAUUGGAAACAAGUUCGCAAACACCUACAAAUCUGCCCUGACAAGAAAGACAGCCAAAAUGGUUCAAGUUCAGGAGGAUUUGGAGCUGGUGCCGGAAGCAGUGGAACAGGCGCUGCUGGUGCUGGAGGCAGUGGCACAGGCACCCGAGGGAGUGUUAAAGAUGAUGGGAAAACUGGAAAAGAUGAUGGGAACAGCGGAAGAACUGGGAAAGAUGACGGCGCCGGGUGAUGGAUGAUGGAUACACAUAUGUAUAUAA